GGGGAUUUGUUGUGUGUUCUUCCUCAGUUUGGGACGCAUCCUCACAGAAGCAACACAGGAUCUGUUCAGCGGACGUAUACUACUGACCUGAGAUAAUGCGCUCCUCACUAGCUUGGAUGACGACACUGCUGGUGCUAGUGCCUGCCACAUCAAUUAGUAAGGCCCGAUGUCCUCGCUUUUGUCCAGAGUAUUACCAACCAAUCUGCGGCUCUGACAACAUAACGUACGAGAACCAUUGUAAGCUCCGUAAGGCUUCUUGUGGAGCCCGACAACUACUCAGGAAGCUGCACAACGGCUCUUGUAAUCCAGUGGCUCAGUGUCCCCAGGCUUGCACUAGGGAGUACCGGCCCGUAUGCGGAACGGACGGAAACACCUACAGUAAUGCCUGCGUCCUAAGAGCUAAGGCCUGCAACAACUCUCAGUUGAACUUGAAAGUUGCCUAUGAGGGCGUAUGUCGCCUGGAAACUCAGUGUCCCGAAAUAUGCACUUUGCAAUACGAUCCAGUGUGUGGGACGGACGGAACGACGUAUAGCAUCUGUUUUCUGGAAACUGUGGCCUGCAACAACCCUCUUCUGAACCUGACCAUUGCAUACAGAGGCAAAUGUCAAUUGACGACUCAGUGUCCCAACGUUUGUACUUUGCAAUACGAUCCAGUCUGUGGUACGGACGGAAAGACUUACAGCAACUCUUGUUUCCUGAGUAUUGAGGCAUGCAAACCUCAACUGAACCUGAGCAUUGCACAUAACGGCAGUUGUGGUAAAGACGAGGAUCAGUGUAACAAGCCUUGCACUUUGGAAUUUGAUUCUGUGUGUGGGACGGAUGGAAUGACCUAUGACAGCUCUUGCUUACUGGAAAUUACAGCCUGCAUGAACCCUGACGCAAAUCUAAGCAUUGCCCAUAAUGGCUCAUGUCAAACGACUCAGUGUCCCAAGGGUUGCACCAAGGAGUACCAGCCUGUGUGUGGAACGGACGGGAACACCUACAGCAAUCCUUGCCAAUUGAAAGUCGAGGCCUGCAAUAACCCUCACUGGAACCUGAGUAUUGCUCAUGAAAACGAAUGUAAGAAUACAACUCAGUGUCCGCAAAACUGUCCUUUCGCAUACGACCCUGUGUGUGGAUCAGACGGAAAUACUUACUACAACUCCUGUUCCCUGGACGUUGAGGCCUGCAACAAUCCUCAGCUGAACUUGAGUAUUACACAUAAGGGCGAAUGUCAGCGGAAAAACAAGUGUCCAGGAGCUUGCAGUUUGUCUGGCAAUCCUGUGAAACGGACGGGAUAACCUACGGCAAGUCUUGUUUUCUAGGAGUCUUAAACUGUAAGAACCUAACACUGCAUUUAGGUGCUUGUAUUCGUGGUGUGAAGAUCACCUGAAACACUGGUUUUGAAAUCGUUUGUUUUGCUUCGUUGACGAUAUUGGAGACGUGAUAUUUCUCAUCUUAAAUUUCACUAAUAAAGCUAGAAGACAAUA